AUGGAUGUUGAAUCACUUUUUACCAACGUCCCAAUAGACGACACCAUAGAAAUCAUCUGCAAGGAAGUUUACCACACAGACGGCAAGAAACUCACCAUCCCUGAAGAAACUCUACGGACAUUGCUACGCACCUGCACCAAGGAAGCUGCCUUUUACGGACCAGAUGGCAAGAUGUAUGUACAAUGCGACGGCGUCGCCAUGGGGUCUCCUCUCGGUGUCCUCUUUGCCAAUUUUUACAUGGGGGCCGUCGAGGAAAAGGUUUUCGCGAAAAACCCGGACAUAAAACCAACAGUCUACGCAAGAUACAUCGAUGACAUCUUCAUCAACGCCAACACUGAAGAGGAAGUACUGCACCUGAUCGAGAAUUUCAAGAAACACUCCUGCCUCAACUACACACACGAAUUAGAAGAAGAAAACAAGCUCCCCUUCCUCGACGUCAUGGUGCACCGUUCAAGCUCCUGCUUCUCCACGUCAGUCUACGUUAAAUCUACGAAUCUCGGCUUCUGCCUAAACGGAAAAAGUGACUGCCCAGAAAAUAUAGACACAGCGUCAUCAAUGCCUUUGUCAGGAGGGCUCUCACACACUCAUCCUCAUGGAAUGCAGUCCACGCUGAAUUAA